AUGUCGUCCCACAGGUCGUACACCCUGCUUCGGUCCCCCGGGACCGUAAUCAUGCCGCUCGUACGGUCUCGACCUGUAUUCGCCGGGGGUGUCUUCCUCGCAUCGACGGUUCUCUUUGCACUGGUAUUCUUCGCGGACGCUGCGGCUGAGCAGCUCUCGACGAUCUCAUCCGCCCUCCCAUCCAUCAAGUACAAUACCUGCCCCUCCAGCUGCCCGCCCGACCCUUAUGCCCAACACGGCAUGGUACACUAUUCAGCAUCUGGGGCGUACAACGAGACGCGCUGGGUUCCCUUCCCUGAGCAGAACGAGGAGGCGCAGAUGGCGAUGGCGGCCAAAGGCGGUAAUGCGGCCGACUGGAAGUAUGGGAGGAUCAGUGGGUUGCCGUUGACGGAUGAGAUCCCUGAGGAGGCAUGGGACAUCGCGCCAAGGGAUUGGACGAUGCAGCUGAGGAAGUGGGGUUUGGAGAACCAGGCGCUGCUUGAAGCUGAGGCAGAGGCGGCGAAGGCAGCGGGCGCGGGCACGGGUGCAGUGGAGGGUGUCGAAGGGGGAACAGCGGAAGUGGCCUUGAUGGAGCUAGGAACGGAGUGGGAUUGGGCAAGGGGCAAGCUGGUGGUAUUUAUCGGUUCUUCGCAUGAUCGCAAUAACGUCUGGCAGUGGUGCGACGAAGUAAUCGGCGAGUACACCUCCUGGGGCGGGCACAUAGGAGGCUUCUGCCACAUCGAAGCGCUCGAUCUCACCAUCGCGCACUGGUUCUUAUACGGUCUGAUUGAUGACGAAUCGCUGGCCAAGAUCCGUUCAGCCGAGGGUCGACCUCUCACCUACGAGCUCCGAAUCAAGGACGUCAUGCGCCCAUUGAUGGUAGAGCAUGGAAUAGAUAGGAAGCCAGAUCUGAUGGUGGUCACCAGUCUCUUUUGGGAUGAGGGCGCCAUCGAGGAGUACGGAGUUCAUUACUCGCAUCGCGUCCGCAAAGCACCCGCAUUCGCCUAUAACGAACUAGCAUGGCACCGCUCCCGGUUUCGCCAGCUCAUCACCCAUCUCCGAGAGAUGUACUCGCCCAGUAUGCCCAUGAUGGUCCGCACGAGGCAUAUACGGCUCAUCACCGGGUGGUGGUUGCAGCUCAAGAUCCAGCAGCUGGAUCAGGGGUGUAGGGCGGUCGCGAGGGGGCUGGGAGUGAGGGAGUUCACAUGGGGAGAUAAGUUGGAGGGAUAUAAUCAAUUCUCGGAUGGGGAUCAGCACUAUGACUAUGGACCGACGACAUAUAUAUUCGGCGAGUGA